AUGCGAACAUGCCUCACACAUCCUACACUGGGUUACUACGCCAAGCAGGACGUGUUUGGCGCCGCCGGCGACUUUGUCACCGCACCCGAAGUCUCUCAGCUAUUUGCCGACUCGCUCGCUGUCUACGGCAUUCACGCUCUGGCGGAUCAUCUCGCUCCUGCUGCGACUACUGCUGCUCCUGCUGCUACGCCUGUGCUUCACUACGUCGAGCUUGGUCCUGGUCGUGGCACUCUGGCUUCCGAUCUUCUUCGCGCUGCUGCAAAGAUCGCAAAGCUCCCGCAGGACUCGAUCCACGUCCACCUUGUCGAGGCCUCGCCGUUUCUCUCGGGAUCGCGGCCAAAGCGCUCGGUGCCCGCCACGCUCCGGCUGCGUCUGCGUAAGGUCUCGCGGACCGAAGCUGCCGCGCGGAGGGAGCGAGCCAAGCGUGGAUCGCGCGAGACGCCGUCAGGUCCGCGCGCCACCUCGGGAUCGGAACGCUCCGCCAUCGCAUCUGUAGCGUGGUACGACUCUGUCCGCGAGCUGGAAGGCGCCUUUGCCGACGGAGCACCAAUCUACGUCGUCGCCAAUGAGUUCUUCGAUGCGCUCCCGGUCCAUCAGCUGCUGCGAGUCGACGGCGCCUGGCGCGAGCGGCUGGUCGGCCUCGACCCAAGCGGCGACGCGCUGACGCUGACGCUCUCCGACGCGCCGACACUCGCCUGCUCUAUGGUUGUCGAUGACGGCUCGGUGCCGGUUGUCGACGGCGAUGGCAUCGAGAUCUCGCCCGACUCAUGGGCCGCCGCCAAGGAGCUGGCCCGCGUUCUCGCCGCGGCGCCGGCGCCUGCCUUUGCCGGCGCCAUCAUCGACUACGGCUGGGCCUCGCCGGUCCCAGCCUCGCUCCGCGCCAUCAAGGACCAUGCCGUCCUCACUUCAUUCCUCGACCAUCCCGGCGACGCCGAUCUCACCGCCGACGUCGACUUUGGCACCUUGGCCAAGGUUCUCACCGCGAGCUCGGACGCGCUCGCCGUUGCCCCUCUCCUCGACCAGGGCGUCGCUCUCCAGAAGCUCGGCAUCGCCGCCCGGACCGAGACCCUUCUCGCUGCUGGUGCGUCAGCAGACGACAUCAUCCCGGGCGUGGAGCGCCUCGUCGCGCCCGACGCCAUGGGCUCCAUCUACAAGGCGCUGUUCUUCGGCUCGCGCAACGCGCUGCCGUCGCUUUAA